UUUACUCUUGCAAGUGCGUGAUAGUUGUAUCAGCUGGUGUGCUUAUACGGUUUGAACCGACACGUCGCUUCCUUGUUCCAGAGUUUGCCUUGUUUGCGAAGAUGAUAACGAUAAAUAUGAAAUCGCAGCAAUAGUUCCGGCCGUAUUUCUGAGGCCGCAGUAAUCAAAGCUCCUUCCAAGCUCGGAAAGUUUCCUGCAGCGGUCACACGGUGCAAUGUGUACAUUCCUCCCCAGUACCGCCCAUAUAAAACAGUCGCCCUUAGCGCACACGCCACAAGGAGGGUGCAACUUUUACUGCUUCUCUGAUUAAUCUGGCACCGUCGACUGCUGUGUUUGUCUUCUGCCCCUCUUGAGUAACGUAUAUUAUACCCCUAUGAGUCGACGCGACCGCCCAGAGAAAGAAAAGCAAGUUUUGAAGCGCGACAACCACUAACAAGGAAGAAGAAUCCAUUACGAAACAAAAAAGCCCGACCAAUUAGGUGGAUUCGUCGCGAGAUUGUUUUGUUUUGUUUUGCGAAACGAAGCGAAAGUCCCCGCCUAACUGCGGGUAAACCAGGAAGACAAAGGAAAAACGGCCUAUCUGACGAUAAGUGAGCAGCUGACCAUCGUGCUUCGCAAACGCCACAGGUAUACAAGCCUGCAACUCAAGACAACAAGGCAUGCAGGGCGCGUCAGCUCCGCGACGCUUCGGCACCCGCUCCGCCGAUAAGAUAACGCCAUUGCGUGAGGUGGGACCCCGCGUGGCCCACCCCGAGGGUCCUGACGCUCCUUCCGAUAAGGGCGCCGUUUAUGUCCGCCCUACCGGGUCGUCCUCCUUCGCUCACUUGCCUGCUCAGCCGGGGAGGCCCGCGGAGUCUUCCGAUGCCGUUGCGGACACCUUAUCCAGCCUCCCCACACCUGCAAUCUUAAGCCGAUGGCAAGCAGGCCUGCGGCGAGACAGCUUCGGUGGACGGGUCUCUAAGGUGCAACGCCCGCUCUGGUGCCGUACUACAGCUCUUCGAUGCACAUCGGGACUGACAGGUUGAGUUGCAGGCACUCCAGUGACCCCAAUGCGUCUGGAUAUAACGAACCUCAACAAGCCCUGACUGAAACCGCGGGACGCCGUGAUAUACACUGUCGGACCAGGCACGGCCGUUAACGGAGUGUUCCCUCGCGGAACCACAUCCAGCAGCACGCAUAGAAGCAGCAGGAACAGGCGUAAUGCGGCUAGCUGCGCGGUAAUGCACUUGCUUCUCCUAUUGGCCAUUGUCCUCGUCGUCCUGGUCCUGCUGAGCGUGACAGUGUGCCUCUGCUACGGCCUCAACUCGGCUUCCUGCAUGGCGGCCUUCAAGCUCAACUCGGCUGCCCACAGUGUAGCCGGACUGUACAACGGCUACGCCGACGCUCUGUCGGCGAACGACGGCAGUAGUACCGGGGUCGUCGCUGCGGCUCCGGACAGGCGUAACUGCGGGCUGGCCGAGCAGAGCCGUUCUUACUCGAGCGUCAUCGAAUUGUACGACAGCACGUGGCACGUUAAGGAACCACCAGCUCCUCGGCACUGCCGCGGGACGUCAGCCGCUGGCCGUGCCAAGUCGGAAGGGCAGCCGGAGCAACACCAACGGUGGUACGUCGGGGACAUUCGAGAGGGCGACGUGGUGCACGGACACGUCACACUAGAGAAGCUAGACUUGGGGUGCAGCAAUGCGUCGCUGUUGUCCUCGGAUGCUCCCGCCCUGCCCUGCUCGAGGUUCACGAAUGCCGCCGCGGUGUCCCUGCCGUGUGUGCCCCUCAAGGGUGACGGUUGGAACCGCAGGGAGUCGUGCUCCCCAUUAACGGAAAUGGACGGUGCUGAGAAACUUCGCGUGGAAGUGAGGUCGUGCAGCCUGCUGGAUGAAUGCUCUCGCGGCCGCCAGGUGUCGCCGGUUGGCUCGUGAACGAGCGAAGCUGUUCCGGUAUUCUUGGUUGAAUCUCGCGAUGUUUUGUUCGAUCGCGUUGUUUGAUUUUCUUUUGCUGCCCACGCUUGCGGGCUCGUGUUAUGGAUACGUACGUUUACGACUUUCGAUUAAAGCGCUGCGAUUGCCCUUUCUGACUCUGAGAAUAUUACUCUUUUUUCACGACUUCUUUGUACCGCUGAACUGAGAGACACAAGUUGUUUGUAUAUUUACGAUAACUUCGUCAGGGACAUCAUUAGUGUGAUUUUGUACCAAAUACGUUCUUGGAAAGAUGGUUGCUCUUGGGAAUGUCUAAGUUUGCCUCUAAAUGUGUAUGCAAGCAUAGCGUUUGUAGUUACAAAGAGUAAAACAUUACAAAGAGUAAAACAAAAGGUGUUACGUCUUACUUUUUCAGUUAGGUUUUGUACAGUGUCCUAUAUGCACAAGCAGAAAUAUAUGUCAUAUAUUUUUGUCCAUAAUGCCAUAAUUCCUUUUUUCAUGUAUCACAUUUUGUCUGUUUUAGGUACGCCAUACACGCAUACGCACACAGCCUUUGCAAUCAUAAAUAAUCACUCACGCAGAAAUCCAUUAAGAAUUAUCGGGUCAUGGAGCCACUUUACCUUUUCUUUCACACAUACUUGUAUGUACGUACCAGUUCUUCGGUGCACAAGGUUAAAUAUCUGGACAAUUACACCUCGGCGUGUAUCUUUUGCUGCCCGGACUGUUGGCAUGAAACACCGUAAGCUAUCAUGAAAAACUUGGUGUAGGGUGUAGUUGGUUCAUUUUUAUAAUUGAUGGUUAAACAGGGCGACUGGAACUCGCUUGUCCUGUUGUACUUAUUCGACUGUGUCCUCGUUGUAUUCGCACUGUUUCAUCUUCAGUUCUAAAGUGGUUCUCGAACGUAAGUA